AGGGGUGGUGUAGGAGGUGUGAAAGGAGGAUUGGUCAUAAAUAUUACUGACCGUUAGACAUCAUAACCAGUGAGUCCACAACUGCUCGUUCGCAAUGUUCGCAGAGAUCCCCAACGAGAUUCUAACUCUCAUUUUCUCCUACCUUCCUACCAAGGAUAAGGUUACUAUGGUUCGCGUGUGUAAACGGUGGGCAUCGAUCCUGGACAACAAUCAACUCUGGAAAUUGGAUUUCGCCAAGAUUGGACCCUUCAACGCCGUCGUGAAGGAUUCCAUUUGUCGCCAGGGAAUUACCAGCGUCAAAAUUGGCCAAGACUUCGACACUGAGAUGCUCCCACCAAAGGUGCGUCGAAUCCUGUGUACCCAUAUUUGGAGUUUGAACGAUUUGAUGACGAGCUCAGACGUGGACUUGAGUGAAGUGCAUACAUUGAUCCUCAACGACCCCUACAUCAUCAGCUACAAGUUAGAAAAAGUGUUCAAGAAGUUUCCACGACUAGUGACUCUGACAUUGCUUAAUGCAGAAAUCAUCUCACCCAAGACCUUCCAAUUCAUCAUGGCGCAGAAGACCAUCAGAUAUCUCACAAUUGAGACAUAUUGGAUGCAUCUCGUUGAAGUGAGGGAACUCUUCUUGAGUGACUUUGUAACCCAACUCAGGUUCCUAUCGAUCUCGCGUCUCAACGAGUUCGAUCACGAGUUGUACGAACAGCUUCUUAGGCGUUGUAGAUUUUUAAAAACUUUGGAACUUGAAUUGACCCGUGGCUUUACAUUUACGGCGUUAAAAACGAUACUCACCCAUGGAAAGCAUCUAAAAACUCUGCGAAUCAAAGUCGUCAGUCUCAGACAAAUAAUGACAGUGGAACAAAUGUUGUUCAACUGUUUUCAAGUGACGCCGAGACGCUUUAGAAACAAGACUACGAUAAUACAGACCGUUCGUCCAGAUGGUUCAGUGAAGACCAUCAAGCUUUGAAAUUGUAUAAGGAAAACAAAAAUGAAAUGACUUACCUGUGAUGUGACGCGAUACGAAUAAAUGAUUUUGCACAGAAACGAGAUGG